UGGAUUAGUUGGGUCCUCAGGAGGAGUUUCUCAAUUUCAACAGCAACGUUUUCCUCCUCCACCACAGAGUUUGGUUGCGUCCCUUCCCAUUCAGCAGCAAGCACAAUACCAAAAUGUGAAUGCAUCUCUAGCCGGAGGAUCUAGUUUGGCGGCACAACAUCACCCAUUGCUGCUGCCUAUUAAUACUGCUUCCCCAAAUUUGCUUCCCCCAAUGCCGUCAUCUGGGCAAUCCAAUGCUGGACAGCUUGCUAAACCGUUUCUUAAUUUGUCAUCUAUUCCAAUGCCAAAUAAUGCAUUCCGUGCUCUUCCAACUGUAGCAGUGGAUUCUGGCCCAAUAACGGUGUCUGCUCUGGAAGCAGAACUUAAUGUCAAUGCUAUUCUGGCUCCAGUAACUAAAGAACCAAGUUCCACCAUUAGCACUUCAGAUUCUUUCUCCACAAUCUCGCAAACUGUGUCAUCUACUGUAGACACAAAAGAUGCAUCUCUCAGCAAUCUGUCAAGAUCAUCUCUCUUGUCACCAGAGGUGCUGUCAGGAGUGAAGGAUUCCUCAUCACCUCAAUCAUUGCAAACGUCAAACGCUGAUGUACAGACUGUUAAAGCAUCAGUAUCAGAACCUCUGCCAUCAGGGAGUACAGAAGAAACCGUGGAGUCAAUACCAAAAUCUACAACUAAAAUAUUACAUGGAUCUACAUCAUCUCAUCACAAUAGAAGUCACUUUGCUCGGGGAAGAGAUGGGGCACAUCAAGCCACAUUAUCCACUCAUCACAAUAGUAAAGGCCACACACACAGAGGAAAUGCGCCAAAAGGAGCUGCUGUAUAUACACAUCAAAAUUAUAGGAUGCAUGCAUCAGGAAGAGGAAAUGGGCUUGUUGGAGCUGCUCUACAUUCUCGUCAGAAUAAUAUGGGCAUGGGCAGAGGACAAGUGCCAAAUGGUGUGCCUCAACUCAAUCAUCGCAAUGUGGGAGGUCAAUUUCGUGGACGUGGAGCAAAGAAUUCCCAUUUGGUUAAAAGAUUCUCCGAGGAGUUCGAUUUUGAGGCAAUGAAUGAAAGGUUCAAUAAGAAAGAGGUAUGGGAUUUUCUAGGCAAAAGUAACAAAGCUGAAUCAGAUGAUGGAAUCGAGGAUGGGAAAGAUAUGGAUGACAGUUAUGCACAGGAUGAAGCUGGGGAUGGAAAUGCAAAACAUGAUUACAAGCCUGUUUAUUGUAAGGACGACUUCUUUGAUUCUCUUUCCUGCCAUACACUUGAUCGUGAAUCUGGAAAAGUGAAGUUUUCUGAACAAAGGAAAAAAGAUGCCGAGACAUUUGGUGAGACUAGGAAAAACCAACAGGGUCGUGGCCGGGGAGCUCGCAUGUCAGGGGCAUCUCGAGGCUCAUAUCGUGGAAGAGGCUAUGACAAUGCACGUGGUGGCCGCGGCCAAGGAAGGACUGUCUGGGGUCGCGUCACUUGAAAUGAGCUUCUAUGUGUGCCUGUGAAUGAUGUUCAGGAGGUAGAUGGUUGACAUCACUUGGCAAUAUCUAGUUAUAGUAAACUUUUAGUCAGGUUUAGCGUGACAGUAUUGUUAGUAUAAUAAACAAGGACAGUAAGGUAGAGUUUACUGCUGAACACUGAGGUUCAAAGAUAAGCUAUCGCAAGACUUGGAGUUCGGUGAUUGUAGGAGUAUGUAAUUAGUCACAACUGGUUACCUGAUGCAUAAACACCUUUGGUUUACUAGGAGAAACUAGUAGCAACAGUUGCUGCUUUGAAUAAAAUCUGUCAUGAACUUUGUGAAUAACAAAGCAUUGACAUGAAAAAAUUGACAGUCUUGGUUUUUGGCAGUGUUAAAAUUCCGUGGCAAGCUAGAGGCAACCAGCAGUAGGAUUAUGGAUGACAGCAACUACCCUGCUGGAUACGAUUGGUACAUUUCCAGAAACUGAUAGUAAUAGCUUGCGUAUGUUACAAACAAUUGAGGAGGUAUGUUUGGUAAUGAGCGUGGAAGAAUGGAGGGUUAAAGGUACUGGCACUUUUGAAAUUUUAUCACAGGUUGAAUUGUUUUUAUGAGGGAGUGCUGGUGUAACCUGAGUCAGUAGGUUGGGUUAUUGACCAAAGGAAUCUAGGUACUAAUUAGAAUUGGAGCUAAUUAUUAACUAUGUUGUUUCUUUUGUUGUAGUAAUAAGUAGAUGAAAGUAUCGUCUUUGUUACAUGCUUCAAAAAAACUAGAACUUAUUAUCCCCAAAUAGGGAGGAUUUUCAUUUUAAAAUUUGGUUGUAUUUCAUCGCGAUUGUUUGGUGAAAAAAGAUGACUAAUGCAUCGAA